UCGAGCUCAAGUCGAGUCGCUCGCUACCCCUUUCCACCUCCUCCACACUCACGACCAUGGAGCUCAACCAGGCUGUUGCGAUCGUGACCGGCGGCGGCCGCGGCUUCGGGCGCGCGUUCGCCGAGGAGAUCCUGGCGAACGGGGGCAAGGCCAUGAUCACGGACGUGAACGUGCACGAGCUGCAGGCCGCGGGCAAGGAGCUGCAGCGCAAGUACGGCGAGCGUAACGUGUGCUGGGACCGCCAGAACGUCACGGAGAAGGACAGCUUCCCGCGCGCCUUCGCGUACGCCGCCAAGUACUUCAAGCAGCCCGUGAACGUGCUGGUCAACAACGCUGGCAUCGCCGGCGACAUGACCUUCUACGAGCCGGACAGCACCAACUGGGAGGCCGUCGUGGACAUCGACCUGGUCGCGCUCAUCCGCGGCACCAAGUUCGCCAUCACCGAGUUCAAGCGCACGCUGAACGGCAAGGAGGGCGUGAUCGUGAACCUCGGCAGCAUGGCCGGACUCACCACCACGCCCUUCGGCCCCGAGUACGCUGCGGCCAAGGCCGGCGUCGUGGGCUUCACGCGCUCGCUGUACCAGCUCAAGAAGAAGGACAACAUCCGCUGCUUCUGCAUGUGCCCGGGCUUCGCCGAGACCAACAUGGGCCGCCAGGCGGACGUCGAGAUCCCCGAGUACACCAACAUGAUGGGCGGCCUCUUGCCCGUCAAGGUGGUCGUGGACGCCUUCGCCGCUGGCAUGCGCGAGCCCGACAACGCCGGCCGCGUGCAGCGCAUCAUGAAGAAGAACACCACGUACUACCGCUUCCCGGGCGACAAGGCGCUCUUCCCCGACUCGAAGCUGUAA